CUCGACAAACUAUCUCUGCCUUCUUGGGCGUUAGAUCAGAUCCGUCGCGGGCUUGAGAGAGUCAUGCGUCAAUAUAUGAUCAGGCGUUUCCCCUUGGUCUUCGAUGCACAACUUCAAAAGCACGCCUCUGCCUUCCAGAUCCACCGCUCCAUCCCGGACUCAGUGGAGAGAUUCCUCAGAACGUCUCGCGCGCAUGAUGCCACGCUCUCCUCUGAUGGGCAGAAAAUGCUUAACAGGAUCCAGGAUAGUGGAAAUUCGUCCGCUCGGGCAACACUCGCAGCCAGGUUCAGCGUGUCGUCGAAGAAGAGGCCUGAAAUCGCAACGGGAGGUGAUGAAACGCUGAAGAAGAAACGUCAUAGAUUGGUCCAGGAGACGCAAGCGGUUCUGUUCGAGGAACGAGAGGACGAAGUAGAAGAGUAUUUCAAGCAGCUCCAAGGUGGACCCAACGAAGAGCAACGAUCUUCGCCCUUCAGGAGCAUGUCCCAACCUGCACAAAUUGAUCAGCUUAACGAGGUCUCGAGGCUGGAGGCUGGACUGGUACUAGCUCAAGCCUUUGCAAAGAUUGGUCGUGUAACAUGGGAGGAGGCUCGGAAAGGGAGGAAUCGAAUUGCGUUGAGUCGUCUCAAGUUUGCUGCUAGCAAGCUGACUGCCCCUGGGGAAGAACUCUCUCGCGACGCUGUCAGCAAAGACGAGAUCGCAAAGAUACCGAGUGUUGAAUCAGCAGAAUCGACACAUGGCAGUCUCCGCCGACAUCCUCAGAAUGCGUUCUCGGCGUCUGCCAUCUCAACUCGAGUCAACGACAACCGUAACCCUCCUGCAUCUUUCCCUUACACAAGAGAAGAAGGAGCAGCCGACUCAGAAGACGACAUUAUAGAGUUGGAUACGAUCUACACCUCUGAAGACGAUAUGAUCAUGUCAGAAUCCGGAGACGACGAGAUCAUUCUGUCCGAUACUGAUGACGGUGAAGAUGAGAUCUUCUUGUCUGAUGGCGAGUCGCCGAUCUAUGAAGAAGACCAGAAGAUAGAGGAAGAUCCUUUAGCAUGGGCUUUCAACGUACCUUCCCAGUCAUCCGAUUCCGGACCCUCAUCUGAGACAACUGCCAAUUCGAGUCAGUCGUUAACACGAAUCAAGGAUGCCGGGUUCUCCCGGUCCUCUUCCUGGCCUCGAGUAGCGAAUGCAAAUGUAGGAAUACUUUCACAAGUGGCGGAUGUCAGUCAUUCCGCCAUGCCAUUGGAUAUGGACGAAGAGGAUUAUGUGAUGGAUGACGAGAAUGAUGAAGACGAUGCCAUCCUCUUUAGCUCAAUGCCGAGUCCACACGCCAAGGCCGCCAGCGAUCCCUUGGUUGCGGGGCAAUGGGACUGGGCAGCGGGGACUUGCGGCACCGAUCCCAUUGUCAUGUAACAAAGUAUGAAUACAACAGCCCUAGUCAUUGCACCUCUCUACAUGGCUACAACACGCCAGUCGAGCUCAUCACUUUCUGACGGUUGGCAGCUAUACAGACGCGGAACGAGGCACCGCCACUUCAGCGUCGCAGGGCCGUUUUUGCCGGGUGAAUAUCCUGCACAGCGCUGAGCGAGCGGAGGGUAGAGUAAGACUAAUCAUGUCCUCGUGACCAUUCUCUACUGCUCUGAGACACUGUUGGAGGAGACG